AUGGUUAAGGAAAGGUGUCAGAAAAAGUCCUUUCAAGAUAGUCUUGAAGACAUUAAGCAGCAGAUAAAAGAAAAAAGGAAUAAAACCUUGACAGAGGUUGGCAAACGGAAGUCCUUUAUUGUUGCACCCUGCCGAGUACCCACUAACACUUCUACACUACUGAAAAGUUACCAAGAUAACAACAGGUUGCUAGUUUUGGCUUUGGAAAAUGAAAAAUCCAAAGUGAGAGAAGCCCAGGACAUCAUCCUAGAGCUGAGAAGAGAAUGUUACUACCUUGCGUGUCAGCUGUAUACAUUGAAAGAGAGGUUAACUUCCCAAAAAAGUGAAGAAGCUGCUCAGAACUGCAAAGGAUGUUCCUCAGAAGUGGUCUCCAGUAGUGACAGCACGACCAGUGAUUUGUCUGUGAAGACCUUACAGCAAAUUGCUCUUCAAGAAACUGACUGGCCAUUCCAAACUGAAGAUACAUCAGAGCCAAAUCCUACUGUUCGUCUAGACACACUGGGGAGAAAUUUUGAUUCAGGUAAAGUCGAGUCUACUGAUAGUGUCUCCUUACCUAGCACUGUAUCUUCCCGUUGCCACUUAAGGAAAGAUUUUAGUAAUAUAAGUCAUUCCAGUGCUUUGGAGUGUGAAGCUAGUCAGUGGCUAGGACAGUCUUCGGAAGAUAGAAGCAGCAGAUGUGGAGACCCAACCAUAAUCCUGCAUGAACUUGAAAAUGUAGAACAAAAUUUCUGUCUGUGGAACAAAGACCAGAUUAACUUACCGCCUAGACUGACUUGCCCAGGAAAGACUGCUGAAACAAAAGAAGUCAUUUUACCAUCUAAACCUGAGCAAAUGAAAAGCAAACAUAAACAUGCACGAAGAAGAAGAGCAAAGCAAAGAAGAGCCAGCCAGAGAUGGAAAUCAAAAUUCUUAUUGAGGUGUAAAGGCAAAAAAAGCAAAGAUAAGCAGGCUUUUUGCCCUACAACAAUAGAUGGAUCUAUUGGUUCCAGUGACACUUAUGAUUUUAAUGUGGAAGAGUGUGUUCACCUCACCCCUUUCCGACAAAAAAUGAGCAGUGACUACAAUGCAGAAACUAACAGCAGCAACAGGGAAGUGAGUGACUUUGAACUUAGUCACUCUGGGGCUGAGUCUGAUGACCUUUACCUGCCCCCUUGCAAGCACGUGCAAGAAGACCAUACCAGAGAGUCAGACAGACACAUUACCAGGUCACGGUCUAAAAGAGGACUUAAGCACAUGGAAGAAAAAGAGAUGGAGGAGGUGCUGCCAACUAGAACUAUUGGUACCCCACCUGAGACUCAGGAGUCACCUCAUUGUAGACUAAGGGAUGUCACCAAUGUCCUGCUGCAGCCUGUAGUGAAAAUCGGGAAACUUUCUUUGUCUCCGGAAAAGAAUGAAAAUAGCCCAGCAGUACCUCUGCCUAAACGAAGGUGCGCCACCGUCACAAGCUAUAAAGAGCCAACGCUGACUUCGAAGCUAAGAAGAGGGGACCCUUUCACAGACUUGUGUUUCUUGAAUUCUCCUAUUUUCAAGCAGAAGAAGAAUAUGAGACGCCCUAAAAGAAGUAUGAAGUAAACACAGUAACUCCUUCUGUUAGAUGCUGAGGAAGGUGGUCCCGCUUUUUUGCAGAGGCUAUGAGA